AUGCUAUGGAAACUCUUCUUGUCCAUGAAGAGUUGCUGCAAGAUGGCGGUAUUAAUGAGCUUCUCAUUGAACUUCAAACUAAAGAAAAGGGAUACACAAAAGAAGUUGAGGUUGAUGAAGAUCAAUUUGAGUGGGACUGAUGACAAUGUUGAGAAAAAGAAGAAAACCAAGAAAGUUAUUGAGAAGUACUGGGAGUGGGAUCUCACUAACGAGACACAACCUAUAUGGCUUAGGAAUCCUAAUGAAGUUACAACAUAGGAAUAUAAUGAUAUCUAUAAGAAGACGGUUAAUGAGUUCUUAGAAUCUAAGACUCUAUGUCAAAUGUGUCUUCAAUUCAUAUGACUUUGAUGGAAAAUUGCUUCCACGGUACCUAAGUUUUGUGACGGGUGUUGUUGACUCCAAUGAUCUUCCCUUGAAUGUAUCAUGCGAAAUCCUCCAAGAAAAUUAUAUGUGUUGUUUUACAUUUUGGUUGACUAUUUGUGGCUAUUUGUGUGUUCGUGAUGGUUCAAAUAUGAACUGCGUGACUUUAUGUGUAAUUAAUAUUUAGUUUUGAUGUUUAGGUAACCUUGUAGAAGAAUUUUUUAUGAUGUAAUAUAUCUAUAAAAAUUGAUGUACCUAUUAAAUUUAUAUUUAUUAUAUUUAUAUAUAUUUUUAUGAAAAUUAUAAUUGGAAA